AUUCCUAAUUCUACGGGCUUUAGCCUUCGGGAACGUUUUCAUUCCCGUUUGUUAUAGGCUUCUAGUUUGGAGAGCUUUAUAGCGCCUCCAUCGUCUCUCUCACUCUCCUUCUCCGCCCCUCCGUCUGUUUCCAAGUUUUAAGGGCAGCAAACACUGAUUCACGAUUGAAAAGCUCAGCUCAUUGCGGGCAUAGGUUUGAAGUAAGCGUCAAAUUUAUAGAAGUGGACUUCGGUGAUCUAUUGGAUUGGGGAACUAAAUUUGAUUUGUAGUUUUGAAAAUAUCUUAAGCCGAAACAAACGGAGACCACCCAGGAGAUUUCAAUUUCUCCCCUAAAGGUUUCAUCAGAAUCGUUGUAGGUUUAUAAGGCAAUGGGUAAGAGAGGAAAGAAGCAGAAGAUAGACAACAGAUUCCCUAAGAGAACUACCCGUGACGACGACGAUGCGCCAUUUGACAUGGAUGACGAAAUUGAUGCCUUUCACAAGCAGAGGGAUGUUGUUCCGCUGGAUGUGAAUGGCAGUGUUGGGGAAUCAGAUGAAGAUGAUGCGCUACCCGUCUUUGAUCUUAAGGGUGUCAAUGAUGAUGAGGACGACGACGAUGAUUCCAAUGCUGACACCCAAGAAACUGGAUUUGCUUCAAAAAUUAUUAGGUCUCAGAAAUUUUUACGGGAAAAGUUUGGUGGAGUUGAGGAUGAUAUGCAUGAAGAUGAUGAUGAAGAAGACGAAGAAGAGCCAAUGGGUAUUUGGGGUGGAAAAAUGAACCAAUAUUAUAAUGCUGAUAAUCGUGAUUUUGAGCAACAAUCAAGCGAUGAUGAGGGCCCUCUGGAAGAGGAGAAAGAGGUUUUGAAAUUGCAGAGGCAAAAAGCAAAAUCUUUAUCAGUUGAAGACUUUGGCCUUGAAGAUAUUGAUGAAGAUGGGAGUGAUGAGAGUGAUAGGGAAUUAACUCUAGAGGAAAUUUCGGUUAAAGGAAUAAGCAGAAAUAGAAAAGAAACCAUGGAUUACACGGGUUUAGCUUAUGAAGAGGUUAAGAAAGAUCUAAAUGCUCUAUCAAGGGAGGAACAGAUGGAUGUUUUAUACAGUUCUGCCCCAGAAUUAGUUGGUUUGCUGUCGGAGCUGAAUGAUGCACUUGAACAGAUUGAAAGCAAAGUGAAUCCACUUCUAAGCAAGGUUAAAAAGGGCGAAAUCAUGAAUGAAGGAGGAAUCCGCUAUUUGGAGGUGAAGCAGCUUCUUUUGCUCGCCUAUUGCCAAGCUAUAACUUUCUAUCUCCUUCUCAAGUCUGAAGGGCAGCCGGUUCGUGAUCAUCCUGUGCUAGCUCGCCUUGUAGAGAUCAAGAGCUUAUUGGAUAAGACAAAACAGCUUGAUGGGAAUCUUCCAUCUGAACUUGAGGAGUUCCUGAACAACAAUCAAGGGGUAGAAAUGUUAGUAAAGUUGGGUACAGAGAAUACUACAUUGGCUUCUGAUUCUUUCACAAAAGAUCAGGAGCCUUAUCCUUCAGCUGAAACCCGAGGAGCAACAGUGGUGCGUGACACAGCUGAGUUGGAAAAGGUGGAGUCUUUGAAGGUUAAUGAGAACAAAGCAGAAAAACGUAAACGUCAGAGUGAUCAAAUUGGUGGGCAGAGCGUGGAAAUGUUAAAAGUAAGAGCUGCCCUUGAAGAAAGAUUGAAACAGAAGGGUAUUCUUAGUUCCGUAACUCCAAAGCCUGAUAAAGCCCAGAGACAUCUGAAACCUGUCAAUGGUCAGCUUGUGACAUAUGAUGAUUUUGAUGAUGAUGCUAUGAAUGUUGCGGGGGCCACUAGAUUCAGCAAUGGUCAUGCUAGUUCAUUGAGCUCAAGUAAACUUUCCCAAAUUGUUGCUGCUAGACCGAGUAAGCCCAAGGUGGUUUCUGGUGAUGAUGAUUUACCUAAGAGGGAUGAUAUUGGAGAAAGGCGGAGGAAGCAUGAGCUCCGAGUCUUGGCUGGAGCUGGAAUCAAAUCGGAGGAUGGUGUUGAGGAUGAUGAAGUUGGCCAUGUUGAUGCUGAUGGUGUUGAGGAUGAAGUUGGCAAUGUUGAUGCUGACAUGGAGGAUGAUGAUAUAGGAGAUUCAGAAGUCGAGUAUUACAAACAAGUCGAAAAACGACGGGCUGCAAAACUUGCUGCCAAAGCUGAGAUUUAUUCAAGGACAUCAGCAAUCCCAUCUUUGCCUGAAACUUUUGAUGGAAAACGCCAGAUCACUUAUCAGAUGCAGAAGAACAGGGGGCUGACUCGUAAUCGCAAGAAGGAGACCAAAAAUCCAAGGAAGAAGUACAAGGAACAACACAAGAAAAAGGUGAAUCGCCGGAAGGGGCAGGUGCAGGAGAUCAAGAAACCUGCUGGUCCUUAUGGUGGGGAAACCACUGGAAUUAAUGUAGGAACCAGUCGGAGCACCAGAUUCAAGAACUAGUUACCAUUUCUUUGUUUCAAUUUUUGUCCUCCAUUUUUUUUUUUGGGGGGGGGGGGGGGGCGCUUGUUGGAUCAUGUGUCAUGUUAGUGUUGGCGCAUCCAAAUUUUGAUAUGAUAUAUAUACUAAAUAUUUCAAGAGGAAAGGCCCAAGGCUUCAAAAAAUGAACCUUGGUUAUUUUAGUGUUGUCUUAUUAUUGAUGAUUUUA